AUGGCGUCCCAAAACGUCAACGUCCUAUUGUCGACCUUUCCCGGUCUCUCACUUCCAUCAACACUCUCCUUCGCGCUACCAUCAUCAUCCAGCGUCGCUGACCUGACGGACAAAAUCGCCUCAUACCUGCCUCCUUCUCUGCCACUCAAUCGUCUGGUCUUGACAACAACCAGCAACAAGCAACUUCUCCCUUCAUCCGAAUCCAUCGCAUCCUACCUCAUCAGCACCAAUGACAACCUCGCCACAACCUCCAUCCUCCCCCUCCGCCUCAGCGCCCCCCUAUGCGGUGGUAAGGGAGGUUUCGGAUCCCAGCUCCGUGCCGCCGGUGGGCGCAUGUCCAGCAAGCGCAAGCGCAACCAAGGCGACGACAAUGGAUCCAGCCGCAACCUCGAUGGCCGUCGUCUACGCACAGUCAACGAAGCCAAGGCAUUGGCCGAGUACCUCGCUCUCAAGCCGGAGAUGGACAAGAAGGAGAAGGAGGAGCGUCGGCGCCGGUGGCAGGCUGUUGUUGAAGCGGCGGAGAAACGUCAAGAGGAGUUGAAGAACGGAGGUGGCAAGCAGAAGAUUGAUGGUCAGUGGAUGGAGGACAAGGAUGAGAUGAAUGAGAAGGCGAGAGAGGCGGUUCUUAUGGCUAUGAAGGAUGGUAUGUGGACGGAUAACUUGCGCGAUACAAUUCUGGGCGGAUCAAGCACAAGUGCUAGCCCGAGUGAGGGAAGUGGUCAGGAGACGCCCUCUAGCUCUGAGGAGGAAAGUGAUGAUGAGCAGGAGAUGGAGGAUGCGCCUGGACCGUCGUCGGCUGAACCGGUUCGCAACGCGGCACCUCGCCGGUAUAUUGGCUUUGAUGAGGAUGAUGAGUUUAUGAGUGACUCGGAGGAAGAGGAGGAGGCUGAAGAUCCUAAGGGGAAGGGAAAAGCGAAAGCUUGA